AUGGCUUUAGGAAGGUCGACAACAUCCAGUAUCCACUAUGAACCUCUAUCUACAAGGCUCCCCUCAUCAGAAUUCGUCUCAGAACCACUGCUUCCUCCAGAGCCACUGGUCUCUCUGUACGAUACGCUGCGGCGGCAGCAAGAGUUGCACAACACCAGCAGUAUCAACAAAACACUCUUACUGGGUAUCUUUACCACCGCGGAUAGAUUUUCACGACGGCACGUCAUACGCUUGACAUAUCUAAGGCAGCGGCCAGCUACAAUAGAUUACGUCUUUGUCAUUGGAAGGCCACGGUCAAACGAAACAGAUAUCCUGGCCUACGUUUCUCUAGAAAUCGAAAUGUAUUCCGACAUCCUGAUACUGGAUGAAGAAGAAAACAUGAAUGGCGGCAAGACGUAUGAGUGGUUUAGCAGGGUUGGUAGAGACAUACCGAGCGGGAUGUAUAUGUAUGUACAUAAAGGGGAUGACGAUGUCUGGCUCAUGAUACAGCACCUUGAGCAUGUCUUGACAGUGGAGGGUGCUGAUAAGCGGGAGGGAACAUAUCUAGGCCUUCAGGUGGGGAAUCUGGGCUACAUGGCAGGGUGGGGCUACUUUUUGUCGUAUGAUCUUGUAAAGUGGAUUUCAAUUGAUCCGUAUCCACGGCAACAUAAGGCUGGGCAUGAAGAUGUACAAACGGGGGUUUGGUUGAAUGAGCAUAAUAAGGUCAAGAACUUUUGGAAUAUGAGUCUGGUUGUGUUCCAUGAGGCGCUAUGGAAUACGAAACAUGUUGAUCUAGCUGGGCCUAUGGAGAGUGAGAAAACUAUGGUUAUACACAACUUGAAGGGUGAUCACUUCUUCAUUUUAGCAGCUAGGAUAUUUAUAAGAGAUGGAAUGCCUAAAAGGUGCCAGAUACCUGAAGGAUUGGCAUGGGAAGAUCUCGAGCCAUAUCUACCACAGACACAUUUGUAA